GCGCCCGGGGGGGGCGGCUGCGGGCGGCGGCGGCGCGAUGGCGGCGGCGGCCGUGUCGGAGGCCUGGCCGGAGCUGGAGCUGGCGGAGCGGGAGCGGCGGCGGGAGCUGUUGCUGACGGGGCCCGGGCUGGAGGAGCGGGUGCGGGCGGCCGGUGGGCGGCUGCCGCCGCGGCUCUUCACCCUGCCGCUGCUGCACUACCUGGAGGUGAGCGGCUGCGGGAGCCUGCGCGCGCCGGGGCCGGGCCUGGCGCAGGGCCUGCCGCAGCUGCACAGCCUCGUGCUCCGGUGCAACGCGCUGGGCCCCGGCCUGAGCCCCGAGCUCGGGCCGCUGCCCGCCCUGCGGGUGCUCGACCUGUCGGGCAACGCGCUGGAGGCGCUGCCGCCGGGCCAGGGCCUGGGCCCCGCCGAGCCGCCGGGCCUCCCGCAGCUGCAGAGCCUCAACCUCAGCGGCAACCGGCUGCGCGAGCUGCCCGCCGACCUGGCGCGCUGCGCCCCACGCCUGCAGAGCCUCAACCUCACCGGCAAUUGCCUGGACUCCUUCCCCGCCGCGUUCUUCAGCCCCGGCGCGCUGCCCCUGCUCAGCGAACUGGCGGCUGCUGACAACUGCCUCCGAGAACUCAGCCCCGACAUCGCCCACCUGGCCUCGCUCAAGACGCUGGACCUCUCCAAUAACCAGUUAAGCGAAAUCCCAGCCGAGCUGGCCGACUGCCCCAAGCUCAAAGAGAUCAACUUCCGGGGGAACAAGCUGCGGGACAAGCGGCUGGAGAAGAUGCUGGGCGGCUGCCAGACCCGGUCCAUCCUGGAGUACCUGCGCGCUGGCGGCCGGGGCUGCGGGAAAGGCCGGGGCCGGGACGGGGCCGAGAAGGACGAGAGCCGCAGGAAGAGGCGAGAGAGGAAGCCCAGGCGGGACGGCGGCGAGGGGGCCGAGCAGGAGGCGGGAGACGUGAGCCGGCUGCUGCUCAGGGUCCUGCACGUCUCAGAAAACCCGGCGCCCCUGGUGGUCAGGGUGAGCCCCGAGGUCAGGGACGUGCGGCCCUACAUCGUGGGGGCCGUCGUGCGGGGCAUGGACCUGCAGCCCGGAAACGCUCUCAAGCGGUUCCUCGCCGCACAGACCAAGCUCCACGAAGAUCUGUGUGAGAAGCGGACAGCAGCCACCAUGGCAACCCACGACCUCCACGCGGUCAGAGGGCCCCUGCUGUACGGAGCCCGGCCUCCGCAGGACCUCAAGAUCGUCCCCUUGGGGCGGAGAGAAGCCAAGGCCAAGGAGCUGGUGCGGCAGCUGCAGCUGGAGGCGGAGGAGCAGCGGAAGCAGAAGAGGAGGCAGAGCGUCUCGGGCCUGCACAGGUAUCUUCACUUGCUGGAUGGAAAAGAAAACUAUCCUUGCCUUGUGGACACGGAGGGCGACGUGAUUUCUUUCCCACCAAUAACAAACAGCGAGAAGACAAAGAUUAAGAAAACAACUUCUGAUUUGUUUCUGGAAGUGACAAGUGCUACGAGUCUCCAGAUCUGCAAAGAUGUCAUGGAUGCCCUCAUCCUGAAAAUGGCAGAAAUGAACAAAUUUACUUUAGAAAAUAAAGAGGAAGGAUCACUCUCAGAUACUGAAGCUGACGCAGUUUCUGGACAACUUUCGGAUCCCAAAACGAAUCCAGCUGCGGGGAAGGACGGGCAGUCGCUGCUGGUGGUGGAGCAGGUUCGGGUGGUGGACCUGGAGGGCAGCCUGAGGGUGGUGUACCCCUCCAAGGCCGACCUGGCCACCGCCGCCCCCCACGUGACCGUCGUCCGCUGACGACCAGGACGCGCCCUACCCAGCAGGUCCCCGUCUGUCGUGCCUGUUCCACAGAGGUUUCUACGUGGUGACACUGUCAUCGUUUUCACCUCCGUAUUCUUUAAGAUGUAUGUAUUCUUUGUUGUGUUUUUCCAGAUGAUUCUGUCGUAAGUGAUGCUGUGUUGUCAUAGUUGGUACCAAACUGAUUUUACUGUUUUUUCACGAAAUUAUCCAAAUACCAGAAUUAACCGUUCAAAAUGUCCUGAAUCGUGUAGACACACACACGGCAAAUAACUCUACUUCAGGAAAGACACUACAGUCAUGCGCCGCGUAGCGAUGUCCCAGUCCAUGAUGGACCACCUGCCCGACGGUGGCCUGUAGGUGGCGAUGGAGCGUGCUGUGUAUGCAAACCCGACGUGUGGCCCUUGAUGCUGGCACUGCAGACCAAGCAGGGGGCGUGGUCAAUAGUCAGUCAUGGUGCUGGGGCAUUCGGUUUUCCAUGUGAAAAAACAUAUAAAUAAAAAUACACACACCGUCGGGUUUGUGUAACUACACGCUGUGGUGGUCACACAACCAUGAACAUUGCUGAGAACAUUUCCGCAUCACGCGACGCACGACUGUAAUUGGUUUGAAUAUCCGGUUACGAACUGGGAAGCUGACUGCUGUGUACUUUCUUGAACUGCACAGUCAUUUUUCUAUAAUGUAGCAUCUUUUUAAAUCAUAUUGUGCCAGUUUGAGCUUGGAAAUGUGCAAGGACACUGUGUUUUCCAGCUUGCAGUGAUCAUAAUCUUUCUACAAAAACAGGUUUUUUUAAUGUGACUUUAGAAUUGGCAGAAUUACUUUUCUUAGAAUUGCUGUUGGAAUGCUGUCGCGGGGGUAGAGACGUUUCGACCCCCAGGCAGGCGGCCCCCAGGUCUGAAGGCCGUAGCAGGACUUCACCCCGGUGCUGUGGGGCUGCACAGAGGUGGGGACUGUCGGGAAGUUUACUCCUUUGCACAGUAGCACCAGUGACAGACAGAACCCCACCUCUAGGUGGACAUGCAGGGUGGUAAGCUGUCAGCAGUUGUCAGCCAGCCGAGGGACAGUGGCAGUCCCGUAGGACAUGUAGGCUUUCAAGCCAAAAAUCAUAGUGUACACAUGCCAAAGGAGUGGUUCUUCAGCAUUUUAUAUUCUAGACAUUUCCACUUUUGUGUGUCUCCAGUCACAGACCACCUGUGUCUUUGCAUGUCUCGUGUGUGUGCCGGAGCACACGCCACACCCUCCCUGGAGGCAGAGUGCGCUUGGGUCCUGAGGACCUGGCCAGCCACAGAGGAGGUGGCUUUCAGUGCCUCACUGCCUUACAAUCUGGCUGCCGUGUGAGAAACUGCCUCUCCCGCUCUUGUUUGUCAAUGACACCAUUCGUCCUCUGUUCAGUGGUCUUUGACCUAAAAGGAUAAUUUUUGUGUUCUGUAGAAAUGACCGAUGAUUUUUUGGAGCAUUUGCAAGAGCUCAGACCAGAGAGGCCAGGGGUCCCAGGCACUGGGCAAACUGACAGUGCGCGAUGGUUUGUCCAGAGCCUGUGAGACACAAGCUGGGCCACCUUGAGACCCCACCCGUCGGUGGGUCACUGCCAGGCCUUCCAUCAGUCCUGCUGGGGGCGCUGCUGAGCUCCACACCCGGCCAGGCUGCAGUGGGUGCGCCGGAUAACAGCUUUGCUCUCUGGUGGUGUCCCCAAACCCACACCGUGUCUGCACGUGUUGGUGGCCCCGGGCUGUCAUUUCCUGACACUCUGUUGGGCAGUCAAGGCUGCCGAUGCUGCAGCUGGUCUGGGGUCGGUAUGCCAGAGGCUGAGGCAGCGUCCCCAGGCCAGGACUCCGCCUGAGCUCGGGGCCUGGGGGCCACAGACAGUGGCUCCAGGGGUCACUCUGGGCUGCUGUGCGGAGGGUCACCCUUUCUCUGCAUGGCCCAGCAUGGGAGGGUGAGAGGCUCUCCUGGCGCCCUGGGACUGAGGGCUCAGCGGCCUCGUUGCAACAGAUGUCACCUUGCUGAUGGGGACAAAGCUGCCAUUUCCUGCCAUGCUCGUUCCUGAUGCAGUGGUUACAUGUUUGAUUUUGGAGACGUAUUUAACUUGCUGCAGAAACCGCUUUGAGUUUCUUCUUCUUUGCCCAUCUGACUCGCUAAUAAAAACAUUUAAUAAUAUCUCA